CCUUCUUUCACUCUUAUCACUCCAAAACACACUUUCAACUUUCAACUUUCAACUUUCAUCCAAUUCUCGAUCUCUUCUGUUUCAUCAUCUUCACAUCUCUUUCUCUCUAAUGGCUCUUGAAGCUCUGAAUUCUCCUACAACUCCAUCACCAGCUCUUCACUACGACGACCCAAACCUCAAUUCAUUUGAGUCUUGGUCUAAGCGGAAGAGAACUAAGCGUCCACGUGGAUUUGAUAACCCUCCUACUGAGGAAGAGUAUUUAGCCUUAUGUCUCAUCAUGCUUGCUCGUGGUGGCGCAACCGCUAAUUCUGAUUCUGAUCACCCACUUGACUAUGAAGUUCCAAUUCCUGCUCAACCCAUAUCUGUUGUUAAACUUAGUUACAAGUGCUCUGUUUGUGACAAAGCUUUUUCGUCUUAUCAAGCUUUGGGUGGACAUAAAGCUAGCCACAGAAAGUCAGCUACAGGAGAAGAUCAAUCCACUUCCUCCACCACAACUACUUCCGCCACCGCUACUGCCACCGCCACCGUCGCUGGAGCUAAAUCCCACCAGUGCUCUAUUUGUCACAAGUCUUUUCCCACCGGUCAAGCCUUAGGCGGUCACAAACGUUGCCACUACGACGGCGGACUCAGUAACAACAACAAUCACACGCAGAGUCAUCCUAACAACAACAACAACAACAACAACGCCGCCACUGCGCCGGUGACAUCGUCCGAAGGAGUUGGGUCUACUCACACACAGAGUCACAGCCACCGUGACUUUGACCUUAACCUCCCAGCCUUGCCGGAGUUAUCACCGGGAUUCUUUAUCUCUGCCGGGGACGACGAGGUUCAAAGCCCAUUACCUCUGAAGAAGCCUCGUAUAUUAACAAUUCCUAAAAUUGAGAUUUCUCAAAAUUAAUCAAUUAGGAAUCAUUCAGUUGCAGAAAUCUUAGAGAAAAGAAACAGAAUUUGUUUGAAUUUGUUUGUUUAGUAGGUGAUUUGUUUGUGUGUAAAUAGAAGGAAAGUAGACACUAGAUUAUAACCCCCCACCCACCAUUUACACCCUUUGUUUGUUCUACUCCUAUACCCAAUAUUGUUCUUUGUAAGUUCAUCCACAUGAUAAAUUCAAUUGAUUAUUUCUUUUUUCAUU